CCAAAUCCACAUUCAAUAAGGACCAUGACUCAAUAGGAAGCCUAUAUAUAUGAAUGUACAUAGUAACUCUAAUAGCAUUCACCCACAAAUAUUGAACUUUUCAUAUUAGCAUCAAAGUAGAAGAAACUACCACAUGGCUAACGCUAAUCUACCUCCUCUGUGUGCAAAGGGUUGCGGCUUCUACAGUUCGUUGCAGGCCAAGAAUUUGUGCUCCAAGUGUUACAACGAUUUCCUCAAAGAACUGAUUGCCAAGUCUACAGCCGAAGUCAAAGUUGAUCCUUCUUCCGCUGCACCAAACCCUUCUGUUUCCGUUGAUUCUUCAUCGGUUCCUACUCCAUCAAAAUUGAAGAACCGGUGUGAAAGCUGCAACAAGAAAGUCGGUUUGAUGGGAUUUUCUUGUCGGUGCGGGAAAGUUUUAUGCGGUGUUCAUCGUUAUCCCAAGGAACAUUCAUGUAACUUUGAUUUCAAGACAGCUGAUCGUUUGAUUUUAGCGGAAGAAAACUCCCUUGUUAUGGCUGACAAACUAGAAUCAAGGAUUUGAUUGUAUUUUUCUUUUCUUUUUCAGGAUUAGUUUGUUAUUGCUUGUUGAUUAAGGACUCUAUAAAGUUUUAAUAUAUAUUAUCUUCUUGCU